AUGGGUGGUGGAGAGAGGUAUAACAUUCCAGCCCCUCAAUCUAGAAAUGUUAGUAAAAACCAACAACUUAAUAGACAGAAGACCAAGGAUCAAAAUUCCCAGAUGAAGAUGGUUCAUAAGAAAAAAGAAAGAGGACAUACUUAUAACACACCAGCAGCUGCAUGGCAGGCCAUGCAAAAUGGGGGGAAGAACAAAAACUUUCCAAAUAAUCAAAAUUGGAAUUCCAGCUUAUCGAGUCCCAGCUUGCUUUUUAAGCCUCAAACUAAUCAGAACUAUGCUGGAGCCAAAUUUAGUGAGCCGCCAUCACCGAGUGUGCUUCCUAAACCACCAAGCCACUGGGUUCCUGAUUCCUUUAAUCCUUCUGAUAAGGAAAUAAUGACAUUUCAACUUAAAACCUUACUUAAGGUACAGGUAUAA